CUCCACCCCUUUCCCUAAACCCGGCUGGUAGUGCUGUGUGUGUGAGAGUGUGCUCUAGAGCUCGCCUCGGCACACCUUAUAAAAAAAUUUUAAAAAACCCAAAAAAAUUUAAAAAAUCUGAAAAAACUCUUAAAAAAUCAUUUUUAUAGUAAAGUCGGUGAAACAAGAGAAGCUGUUUGAGGACCGUAACGCGACGAGACAGGGGAAUACAAGGACUUUUUAAACCGCCGUGCGUGUUAGAACAAGCGGAGGAAGAUGAAUCCCAGCGCUCCCAGCUACCCGAUGGCCUCGCUCUACGUGGGGGACCUGCACCCGGACGUAACCGAGGCCAUGUUGUACGAGAAGUUCAGCCCCGCCGGUGCCAUCCUCUCCAUCCGGGUGUGCAGGGACAUGAUCACCCGCCGCUCGCUCGGCUACGCCUACGUCAACUUCCAGCAGCCGGCCGACGCUGAGCGUGCUCUGGACACCAUGAAUUUCGAUGUGAUCAAGGGCAGGCCUGUUCGCAUCAUGUGGUCUCAACGCGACCCAUCCCUCCGGAAGAGUGGUGUUGGCAACAUCUUCAUCAAGAACCUCGAUAAGUCCAUUGACAAUAAAGCUCUGUAUGACACCUUCUCAGCCUUUGGCAACAUUCUCUCCUGUAAGGUGGUCUGUGAUGAGAAUGGCUCCAAGGGCUAUGGCUUUGUACACUUUGAGACCCAAGAGGCAGCCGAACGAGCAAUCGAAAAAAUGAACGGCAUGUUGCUCAAUGACCGCAAAGUGUUUGUUGGGCGUUUCAAGUCGCGCAAAGAGCGAGAGGCGGAGCUUGGGGCACGGGCCAAAGAGUUCACAAACGUGUACAUCAAGAACUUUGGAGAGGAUAUGGAUGAUGAGAAGCUGAAGGAGCUGUUUAGCAAAUACGGUACAGCCAUGAGUAUUCGUGUGAUGACCGACGACAUGGGAAAGUCCCGGGGUUUCGGUUUUGUCAGCUUCGAGAAGCACGAGGAUGCUCAGAGGGCUGUGGAUGAAAUGAACGGCAAGGAGCUCAAUGGGAAGCUUAUCUACGUGGGACGGGCGCAGAAGAAGGUGGAGCGUCAGACAGAACUGAAGCGCAAGUUUGAGCAGAUGAAGCAGGACCGCAUGACCCGCUACCAGGGUGUGAAUCUUUAUGUGAAAAAUCUGGAUGAUGGCAUUGAUGAUGAGCGUCUGCGCAAAGAGUUCUCACCCUUUGGGACCAUCACUAGUGCGAAGGUUAUGAUGGAGGGAGGCCGGAGCAAGGGCUUUGGGUUUGUGUGCUUCUCCUCACCAGAGGAGGCCACCAAGGCCGUAACCGAAAUGAACGGCCGCAUCGUUGCUACCAAGCCCCUGUACGUGGCAUUGGCCCAGCGUAAGGAGGAGCGCCAGGCCCACCUCACCAACCAGUACAUGCAGCGGAUGGCCAGUGUCAGGGCUGUGCCCAACCCGGUCCUCAAUCCCUACCAGCCAGCUCCUCCCUCCGGCUACUUCAUGGCCGCUAUUCCACAGGCUCAAAACCGUGCUGCUUACUACCCAACCAGUCAGAUCGCACAGUUAAGACCCAGUCCUCGCUGGGCAACACAGGGUGUCAGGCCCCAGCAUUUCCAGAAUAUGCCCAGUACCGUGCGCCCUUCAGCCCCCAGGCCCCAAACUUUCAGCACCGUGAGGCCCACUUCUCAGGUGCCUCGCAUGAUUUCCGCCCAGCGUGUCGCUACCCAGACCAUGGGACCGCGUCCUGCCACCGCAGCUGCAGCUGCCGCCACCCCAGUCCGCAGUGUGCCGCAGUACAAAUACGCAGCAGGAGUGCGCAACCCUCAGCAGCACUUGAGCACGCAACCCCAGGUGACCUUGCAGCAGCCCGCCGUUCACGUGCAGGGUCAGGAGCCCUUGACAGCCUCGAUGCUGGCUGCCGCCCCCCCACAGGAACAGAAGCAAAUGCUGGGCGAACGUCUCUUCCCACUCAUCCAGAACAUGCACCCCACCCUGGCUGGCAAGAUCACUGGCAUGCUGCUGGAGAUUGACAACUCCGAGCUCCUGCACAUGCUGGAGUCUCCCGAGUCCCUACGCUCCAAGGUGGAUGAGGCCGUUGCAGUGCUGCAGGCCCACCAAGCCAAAGAGGCUGCGCAGAAGACCGUAACCAACUCAGCUGGAGUCCCAAGUGUUUGAGCCAAGGAAUGGAGAACAGUGAAACUUGCUUCACCGAGGAAAAAAUUAAACAUUAAAAACAGUAAACAGCUAAAACAAAGAAUUUAAAAAAAUAAUGAAAACACUUUUUAAUAAAAGAAACAAUUGAUUCAGCCAGGUCUAGCAAAGAAAGCUACUAGACCUUGUUAAUAAAAAAUAAAGAAAAAAAGGGGAAAAAAUAAAAUAUAAAAAGGUAAAUCUGGGGUUUAAAAAUGUCCCACAACAUGGGGAAAUGGACCAUUCCUUUCUUACUUUUUAUUCCUUUUACCAUGUGAGCACUCGGUGUGUCGACGAAGGUGAUGGCAAGAAGUGAUAGCCGAGUAUUGUGAAAAGUAUCUUGCAUUUGCUUGCUUUAAUAAAACUGUUAAACACUGAGAU